GACAGCGAAAGGCCUUAUAACAGAUUUUUAGUGUUUGAGCGCUUAAUCAGCUGCUUUCACUAAGAAUGCUUCUGAGUGUUCCAUGGUCUGCUGGGGUAAUAAUAUAGUGUAAAGCGCACAGAGCUUGCUGUAGAGCGGGGUUAUGCACUAUACAAAUGCUAUUUGUCAUUAUUUAAUGUUAUUAAUUUAUUGUUGUUGUCAAAAUGUAAUCAUGCUCAUUCCUCUUUAUAAAGUACUACUUCCCUCGACGGAUUUUUGUUUGUGUUACUAUUUUUAAUUUACUGGUCUGUUCUCGGUGCAUGGGUCUCAAUAAUCCGCUAUUAGGCUAUGGGCUACUGGGAGUGAACCUCCCCCCCCCCCCCCCUGGGGAUUUUUCGCCACCAUGAUUUUCUAAAAGGGUAGGACCUAGGGACUUCCCCAAAAAAAGUUUGCACCAAAAUGUUGGCAAUCUACAGAGUUACGGCCCUUGAUUGUCCAGAAAUUAAGAAAAUACUUGAUUUUUAUUUUGGGGUUUUCUGUGAAGCCAAAAAUGUGUACUUUCAUAUGAUGUAAAACUCAAAUAUUAUAAGAUGAUGUAAGUGUUGUAAAAAAAAAAAUUUUGCUAAUUAAUUACAAGGUGCAAAGAGGAAAAAAGAAAAUUCAAAGGCUGAUUUCUCAAAAUCUAUAGAAAUGAUUAAUUCCAUUGCUUCAAAUCUUCUAUAACUUGAUACAAUAGUUUUCUGAUAGGUACACACUUUGACUCAAAGUUUGAGGCACAAAAUGAGAAGGAUUGUGUGCAAAAUAACUAUGAGUUAAGGAGUUAUGACCCUUGCUAUUGCUAUAUUGAAAAAAUACAAAACUGCCGCGCGUCAUUUUAAAAACGUCAAAAAGGCGGCAUGAGUACUUUUGUCUCAGAUAUAGAAAGAACAGAUUGAAGAAAGGACAUGUGCAGUGCAUAACUGUAACUUCAAAGGCCAUGAUGAAAUAAAACCCCUCACUGAGAGACGCUGGGACACCAUUCAAAAAUCAAAAACACAAAGGUGCCUUGCAGAAACUGACAGUGAUAGACUAUCCUCAAUUUGUGAAAGAAUACCGACUGAGUUUGACUGCUCAACAUGGGUUUCAUGAUUACUGCUACAAUACAUUCAUCAAUUUGAGGAGUCUAAGAAAAAGGUAUUCAUCAGGAGAGUCUGACAAAUCAGCACAAGAAGGGUCUUGCUCCACUAGGAAAAAGGUAAAGCAAUGGUUUUCAACACGCCUCUUGCCCAUUUAAUGCCUUUUCUGUGAAAAGACUACUGAAUGGACACAUGACAGCAUGGGAACCAAGAAAGUUCAUAAACUUGUCAAAUAUGUUAACAGAACAUCUGAAGCCUCUGUAAAAGAAGCUGUAAACAGGAAAACCGAAUCAAAACUUCGGGGCCAAAUUAAAAAUGCUGUUCUUAUUGCCCAAGAGGCAUGGUAUCAUGAACCAUGUAGAAAAGCUUUCACACGUAAGGAGUAUCGAUGUUCCCAAGCUUAUACAUCUAAAUACUGUUCUGGAGAACAAAAGGUAGAAGCUGAAGAAAGAAAGAAAGCUCCAGCUGCAGAGGAAAAAGCCCACUGCAAGGCUUUUCAGCACGUCCGUCAGUUUGUGGAAGAACAUGUCACUGCGCUGGCCCUUGUUAAGAUUAGUCUUUUGAAAGAAAUGUAUUGCACUUUCAUGCAAACAAAUUAUCCAAAGUUUUACAAGUACUACAAGACAUAUGAGUUGAGGAGAAACUUGUGAAGCACUUCAAGUCCAGGAUCAACUUCUGGCAGAGAUAUUCUGGGACAAGUGAUCUCGUGUACUGUGAUGAAAUUUCAACUGGGCAGGCUGUCGGAGUUGCCUUUGAAAAUGUAACCUCUGAAGAGACUUGUUAUAGAAGUGGCAAAUGUGAUACGACGACCUGUUCUUGAUGGAUGCAAUGAAAGUGAAAAGUUACCUUGGCUUUCAGCAGACACAGAUCUGCGCACAGAAACUUUGCAGAUUCCACAAGUAUGUACAAUAUUUCUUUCCUUUCUUUACUCUAAGAAUGGAAAACCACAGUCAACAAGAUGCAACAGGAGAGUUGUUUCUACAGGUCAGGACAUAUGCUACAAUGUGAUGAAAGGGGAAUGGAAAAAGCCUUAACAUAUUAUGAUUGGUAUGUGUCCGUCGUCCAACAGGAAACACUCAGCUGAUCAAUAUCUUAAACCGGCAUGGACAUUCUGUAUCCCACUCAUUUCUCUUAGAAGUGGAAACUGCCAUGUGUGACAGUAUACAGGUUUCUUCAGGUAGUUUGCCCCCGUCCAUCAUGCCUGACAACAACCUCAUCACUCACUUCUGUUGGGACAAUUUUGACUUGAAUGAGGAAACUUUAUCAGGAACUGGAUCCACACAUUCAACUCAUGGACUAGUCAUACGAGAAAUCAAAGAGCAGCCAUACAUUCCCCAGCCGACACCAGAGGUUGACAGAACAAAGAAAGGAUCAAUCCAUAUUCCAAAAAAACAGCUUGACCCGUGUUUUAUCAAUUCUAAGGUGGAACACACCUUAUUAACAAACAGAUUAUCAAAGAUUUUAAAGUGCUCCAUAUGAAUAAUGAAAACAAAAGGCAACUGACACCGUUCUUACUUUAUGAAUGGCAACAAGAUUGUGAUGCAAUGAUGUUGCUGAACAGAGAAAUAUACUUUGCAAGUGACCAACACUGCUUUGUCCUCAGUAGCAGUGAUGGAAAGACUACAGACUCAAGACCUGUUCCAGAGUUACCCUCCAGCCAUGAGGAAGCAGACACACUGCUGAUCGUGCAUGCCAUCUUCUCUGAUCAGAACAUUGCUACUCCAAACACAGACAUCAUUAUUCGGUGCCCAGACACUGAUGUCUUUCUACUGAUGAUUGCAUUUGUUCAACAUUUCACACACAGUUUGAAUUUUGACACGAGUUGGGAAAAAGAAGAUGUCUGCACAUUCAGACUCUCUGUUACAAAAUGGAAACACAUUUACAGGAUUCUAUUCUUGGACUCCAUGCAUUCUUUGGAUGUAAGGAGUCUAGCGAUUUUGUCCAGAGAGGAAAGGUGAAGCCGCUCACCAUUCUCCACAGGCACCCAGAGUUUGCUGUUUCAUUCAUGGAGCUAGGAACAUCUGAAACUGUUUCUUCAGAACUGUUUUCCAAUCUGGAAAAGUUUGUUAGUCACCUGUACGGAAAACCAGCUUACUCUAGCGCUAACAAGUUUCAUCAUGACUUUGGAAGGCUAAAGUACAUGGCAAAAGGUCAAAGCUUACUGUCAUGCUUUGAUGGAUUUGACACCAUGCGAGAGAAGCCCCGAAACUGAUUAAUAGUAUUAAACUUCAAUAUGGAAGCAAGCACAUCUGCUCAACCAUUAAUACAAAUGUACCUGAUCCGCAAGAUCUUGGUUGGAAGAGAGAUAAUGGUGGAGUAGUGCAAAGACUUGGUCCCUCAACAAUUGGUUGAUAUAUUGUCAGGAUCAGAUACAGAACAAGAGGAAGACAAAGAUGAAAACUAUCUCCUCUAUCAUAUGUGAUGAAGAAGAUGAGAUUUUCGCUACAGCUAUUUCUUCCGCCAAUCCCGCAAUCGCGACAGCGGGCCUAUCAGAAAAUUUUCCCGGUUAGCCGAAUUCCGCCGAUCACCGGACGCCUGGGAGUCUCGAUCACUGGAAAACUGACGUGCGAAAUUCGCAGAGUACGAAGACCGGAAUCGGGCCUGUUGACUUCUCUUGUGUUUAUUUCCGGUAAGCUAUUUUCGUUUUGGACUAGGCGCCUGUCGGUUCUCGCUCUCAAUGCACCAUUUUCCCUUCAUUCCAUCGUUUCAAGCCCAGUUUCCAUGUGAAGCCAAUGCAAUGUCCAUAAAAGAGGUUUAGCAGAGUUUGGCUUUCUUUUUCAUAAAACUAAGCGUGCAGCCCUGUUUUGGACAGUUUGAAGUCUUGGACGUCAACUUUUGAAAUGGCAAGACGUGUCGUUAUCGAACGCGGUGGUAAUGCCAGAAAGAUCGAUGCCAAACUGAAGAACAAGUGGGUUUGGAGCUGGCUAGAAAAGGAGGUCAACGGCGUUGCCCUGUUCAACUUUAUGAAAAAACUUAACAAACCUGGCGUUGCAUUGUGUGAUUGGUGCGACAGCAAAGUGACUUAUUCUGGCAAAGGACUGUCGUCUCUUGUUCAACACGCUGAAACAUCCAAGCACAAAGCUGUUGCUUCGACUCGGAAAUCAAAUUUAAAUGCUCUGCCAUCAGCAUGUGCUGACUCCCAUUUCAUCAUGAGCAGAGAGUUUCCACGUUCAGGCCCUUCCAGCCAAGGGGUGAGCUACGAGGACUCUGAGAUGAGCUCAUCCUCAAUACACAGCAGUUCCAGCAGCGUGCCCCGUGCGGUCCACCCCACCACCCGCAACUUUCCAGCAACGUCGGAGGAGGGAGAUAUCAUUUUCACCCACCCCGAAGACAUAAAACCCAAAGUGGAGUGUCUGGUGGGGAAAAUCAGCGUGGUCGGAGAAGAGAGCUUGUCGAACGUUCGGGAGGACAUCGAGAUGGUGGAUAUGGUGGAGGACAUCCAGUACGAUAUCAAAACGUCCCCGCCCCGCGAAGGCUUUUCGGCGGCGUCCGGCGCUGCAGAGUCAGAACCUGGCUCGUCCAGCACGGUGUCACCACCCCACGGUGCUUCGGGCGACGCGAGCUCAUCGCGCCCGGAACAGUUCCUCGACGUGUCGUCUCUGACGGAGGAGGUUUUGCUGCAGCACAGGCCGUCGGACGUAUUCUGCGCCGGGGUCACUGGUUUAUUUUUCAAAUCCCUGCCCAACAGGAUGAAGUCCCUCCUCGGCGCUCGCUGCGCGCACGGCGAGCUCCCCCACGAGCGGGUCACGGUGCUGCUGGCCACAAACCUCGAGGGCUCGGAGAAACUGCCGCUGCUCUGCGUCGGGAGCCCCGACAAUGGCCAGUACUUACGCCACGUGGCAUUCGGCCCCGUGGACUACAAGUCCAAUUUGAAGUCGUGGAUAACAAAGGAAAUGUUCACCCACUGGUUGUGGAAGCUGGACGCGCACUUCGAGUCCCAAGGUAGGAACGUGGCGCUGCUGGUGAAUAAUUACUUUGACACGUUUGAAGGCCUCGAACUCCGCGCCAUACACCUCAUCCUUCUGCCGAUCAACGAGUCUUUGAGGAGUAGCAUCCAGCCCUGUGAUCACGGGAUUAUUCGUCAGUUCAAAUUGCUGUUCCGGUGUAAUCUGCUCCAGCAAUACGUUGCCCACCUCGAGCACAGCAGAAAGACUACGUGUACCACCGCGACCGGGACGGACCCGCCCAAGUUUGAAUGGAACUUUCCGGAAGCUCUGUACGCCAUGCGGCAGUCUUGGGCCCAGGUAGAGUCCUCUGUCAUAUGGGACGCGUUUGAUAGCGCGGGUUUGUCUGCGCCGCAGCUUGCAAACCAACAACCCCAGGCACGAGAUGCGGAGGAGUACUACGAGAAGCUGAUGACACGGCUUAACUCCCUUCUCGCCCGGAGGAUUCCUCCUGUGGCCUACCUCAGUCUGGACGCAGAGCUGGCGAUAAAGAGGCUUCCCUCGGUUCGAAGGUCGUGCAUUCAGUAUUUUCCUCUCCCACAUCAGUCUGUUGCUGACCCAUCUCUCGCAGACGUCAAAAAAGCACUGAGUGUCAUUCGACGAUUUGCCGAGAGAAAUUUUAGCAACAAAUCAGAAGUGAGAUCAGUUUAUGACUCAGUGGAUAGUCUGAGCGACUUGAUGGAUAACAAUAUUUUGCGCGAGCCCAGACAGACGUCCAUUGUGGAGUAUUUUAAAUGAUUUGUGUUCCUGUUGCCUAUCAAAUUGUUGAAAAGGAUAUUGUGUCGUGCGACUGCUUGUGGGUGGUUGGCGGCUGCAGUGAGUGGUGUGGUUUGCUCCUUUUUUCCUAUCAAUGAGUAUCAAACC